ACUUCCGGUAAGGGAGGUGACGUCAUGUGAAAAUGGCGGACCUUGACAGUUCCAUCUCAAAUCCACCAGAUCCACAGUACGGAGUUCGUGACAAAUGUUCUGUGGACAAUGAAUGCAACCUUUCUAACCAGCUGACCAAGGAUGACCUGAGAUCAUCGAGCGUUGCCAUGUCGAUGAGUGGUGACCACUCUGGGGAUGCCACGCCGCCCAGUAUUGUGAUAGGCCCGGCGGGCGACGCCUCAUCCAAGCGAGUGACCCCUGGACUGGACAGUCCGCGGUCAGUCAGCAUGGACAGUCCGCGAGCGACAGACUGCCAGUCCGUGGACACACGUCUGUCCGGAGUGUCUGGGGAGAGUGGUCGGGGCAGCGUCACAGACAGCCAGCCAACGUCGGCCAGGGGACGGACCUCCACCAGUCCACUACACAAGGGAAAAGCGGAGGUUAUCGUACAAUUCACAGAUGCGGCUCGCCGUGAGAAGGAGAAGGAGCGGGAGGAGCGGGUCCGACUGGCGCGGGAGCGAAUGGAGUUGGAGCGGAGGAGGAAGUUUGAGGAGCUGAAGGAGCAGCAGCGGAUUGCGCAGGAGAACCGCGAGAAGCAGCUGGAGUUGAGGAGACACAAGAUCGAGGAGCUGCGGCGACGCGAGGCCGAAAGGAGGAUUGCCGUCGAGGACCGGCGCAGGCAGCAGGAGGAGCAGGAACGAAUUCGGCGGGAGUCCAUAGUUGAGAAGUCUCAGCAGCGCGUGGCUCGCUACGAGCAGUGGAAGAACUCGGGCAGAUCAGGUGGGAGUGGUCAUUAUCUGGGCUUCGGUAGCCGCACUCCGCGUGACAUAUGCCGGCCGUUAGAGCGUCCGCAGCGGUCGUCGUCGCAUAGCGCCCUCAUCCGGCGCUCCCCCAACAGCUCGGACUGGGACUAUGUGCGACCUCAGCGAAGGGCGCAGUCUGCCUGCAGCACUGUGCGACGCCACUGUUGUAUUGACACUAACCGUUCUGGUCCCUGCCCCUGGGCUGUGAACCUCCCCUCCAAGCACAUGUCCGUGUCGACGAGUGUGCUCUAUCACAAACGAAACUCGGAAUUCGCUUCCUCCGGAAUGCUUAACAACCGUCCGGAAUCUGUCCUCGCCCUGAACACGAUCCCCGAAGGCCGUCGCUCUUUUCUAGCCUCGAGUAAUCCGGCUCCUCAUCAACCCAAGAGCAUGGCGGCUCUCAACGCGGCUCCGGUGAAACUACGGGAAAGUAAAACGCCUCGGAAAGCCCGGCCAUCCAGUGUGGCCACGAGCAUGCCAACGUUUGUGGUCAUUGAACGACAGUCGCCAAGGAGUAAGAGCACAGAUCGCUUGUCAAGAGACCGACCAGACAGGUCAAAACAAAAAGUGUCGCGCAAGUCUCUACCGGCGACUCCAACCCAGGCGGGCAGGGACGUGAGCAAGGAGAGCCGCGAGGGGGAGGAGGAGAACAAGACCUCCCCCGUGUCCUCCAAGGUGAACCGACAAACCAUCGAGCGUCUGUCGAUGCCGAAACACGUCCGGAACAAGAUGGAGGCGGGCAAGGACAAGCCAGAAGCGGCUGCCGCUCCGACAAACACAAAGCUGGAUGGCACCAAGAACACCUCUAGGUUUGCACGGCAGCGCGUUCCUAGGAAAGCCUACUCGACUACCAAUCUUUCGACUGUUGCAAGAAAGCCGGUGAUUAAGCAGACAGUUGAGAAAGCUAAACCUAAGGAGUCUAAGCCAUCAGCUGCUCCUAGUACACCAACAACUGCAGUGUCUGCAGCAGCCUCGGCAACACCCUCUACUACCGUGACAACAGCCACACCAUCAGAUAUAGUUUCUGAAAUGCCGUCGUUGACACCGGCAUCUGUGCAGGAACCAACGCCAGCCGUGACGUCUGUGCUGGAUUCCACCCUAGUCUCGAAAGCACCGGACUCGAUGUCGCGCUCCAUGACAGACAUGUCGAAGUCGAGCCAGGACAUCUCGGUUCUCGAGUACAAGGCCAAGCUGGCCGAACACCGCAGACUGGCGCGCGAGAAGGCAGAGCGAGCACACGAGUUGGAGAGACAGAGGCUGGAGCAAGAGAGGCUUGCUGAGGAAGAGAGAAUGCGCCUUGAGGAGGAGGAACAGCGUCGACAGGAAGAAGAAUUACUGCGACUAGCAGCGGAAGCGAAGCUGAUUGAGGAUGAGCGUUUGGCAGCGGCCAUUGCAGCUGAGGAACAACGUAAACGUGAGGAGGCCGAACGCAUGGAGGCCGAUAGGAUAGCGCGCCUCUAUACUGUUUGUAAUCAUAUUGUGUUGUUGCAGCGCCUCUAUACUGUUUGUAAUCAUAUUGUGUUGUUGCAGCGCCUCUAUACUGUUUGUAAUCAUAUUGUGUUGUUGCAGCGCCUCUAUACUGUUUGUAAUCAUAUUGUGUUGUUGCAGCGCCUCUAUACUGUUUGUAAUCAUAUUGUGUUGUUGCAGCGCCUCGAAAUGAUCAUGAAGAGAGUGAAGACCGAUGGAUCAGAAUCUCCAAAGACCCAGUCACCUGCCAAGUCUGUGAACAGUUCCCCCAGCAAGAGUGGCGACUCCUCCACCGAGAGCAGUGCUGAAGAUACCGGCGAGGAAACCAUGACAACUGUGGUGACGACGUCCGGCGCAGUGACCACCAUCUCGACGAUGGUGACAUCAGACAACACGCCGAUGGAUGAGCAGCCGAUGUCGCGGGUCGUGUCGCCGCCCCCAGACAGGAUGUCGGAAAGCGUGAACACCCCCAGGUUCCACUCACCACUCCUAGAGCACCUAGUCCAGAGCAAGUCCACAGAGAACCUCGCGGCUGAGCGACCCAAGUUCAAAUCUCCUAUUCUACAAACGCUUCUUGGAAAAAAUAAACUUAGGAAAACGGACGGUAAAGAAGAAAAGUCUGUGAUUUUCUCGUUAGAGAAGGAUGUGUCUAGCAGUGUAGAGAAAACUGUGUCUAGCAAUGUUGACAAGAACAACACUCCAAAUUUUGAUGUGAAGGGUAACACUCCAAAUGUUGAAGUGAAGGAUGAAGAUAAGGAUGUAGACACGUCAGAAAGCCAGUCGACUUCUCUCACUAGUGUUAAAAACAGUGUGUCAGGGCUUGUUGAUCAUAUAGACAGCAACCUUGAUGAGACCCCAGUUGUAGUGGACAAGGAAAACAAUUCUAGUGAUUCACAAGCCGCUGUUGAGGACGCUGUAAUCCGUGAUGAGACAUCAGUUGUCAUGGACAACAAGGCUAGUGAGUCUGUUAUAGUGGACAACAAGACUAGUGAUUCAUUAAUAGUGGACACGGACAACACAGCUGGUGAAUCCCCGGUUACUCUUGGUAACGGUGUGAAGGAGUUUGACCUGUUUGGUGAUUUGGUGAUGAGCUCGUCGAACCUCACUGAUGAGGACAAGACCAUGAAGUCGGGGGCCGACUCGGGGAUUCUCAUCGACCUCGGGACGAGCGGGUCCGGUUUGACCUCCAUCAACGGCUUCACUCACAACGGCGUCUUUCAGACCUCGCAAGAACUCGUCGACUCGAGUAUUAGCAUCAGAUCGGUGGACAGCCUGUGCACCUCUGUGACUGACAACAAGGAGUUUGAGGAGAUCAUCGACCUGUCGAGUGUGUCAAACAAAGCGCCCGUCCAGCUCAAGAGCCAGGAGAAUGACAACAAGGGAGACAAAUGCGAGGACCUUCUCAACCUGAACAACAUCGACUGCGGCGGUCCCAGUCCCACACCAAUCAUAGCCUUUGAAGAAAAGACCACGUCCGCUCAGCACGAUGUCCCAGACCUCCUGUCUUGAAUCGGCCCCCGGUGCUGUGAGGGAAGACAACUGUGUCGGUGAGCCUAGUGUGUCUGUUCGGCCUGUUAGCGAGGCCACUAAUUCCAGACAACCCAGUUCUUUGUUAACCAUUCACACUGAUGAUAAACCUAUAGCUAACCUGCACGGGUCAGACGCUUUUGUAACUCUAGAUGGCGCGGCAGUCGGACAGGUGGACGUCGAUGUGAUGUGGCGGCAGCUGGAGACGUUGAUGACGCAGCAGAGAGGGAGUGUUGUCAAAGAUUUGGAGGAUUACGGGGUUGGGGAGGGGGACGAGGACAGCGAGAGUGAGGAGGGACAGCUCUGGAGCGUAGUCGAAGGCAACACAGACCACCCACUCACAGACACAGCGUUGGUCUGACACCGGACACUGACUGGCCACUCGCCAUCUCCAUCAGGCUUUUGUGUCUACUCAGUCUCUAUAGGAUUUGUGUGUAAUCAGUGUGUAUAGGGUUUUUGUGUAGGCUAUCUAAUAUGGGUUUGUCAGCUAACUUAUGACUGUGUAGACUAUUUGUGUCAGCUAUUUAAUGCUAACUGUGUAGACUAUUUGUGUCAGUUGUACAACGCUGUCUGUUGUCUGUCUGUGGGAAGUUUUACGUUCAUGGUAUGGUUGUGACAAGAAAGGCAAAAGGCUGAAAGAAAUGAGUGAAAUCUUUCUAUGGAGUAAAGUGAAAUGACAGUUUUCUUGAUAGGGAUUUUAGUAUUGUGUUUUGUUGUAUAAUAAUUACUUUAAGACAUAAUCUCUAUCUAGUUCUAACAGUGACUGCUAAUAAACAGUGUUUCAUAUGGGUUUUGUCAAUAUGGGAGUCGUCAUGUCUGUACAACCAGCUGCAGAGAGGGACGUCUGCAUAGACAAGAGGGACGUCUGCACAGAUAAGAGGGACAUCCACAAAGACAAGAGAGACGUCUGCACAGAUGAGAGGGACGUCUGCACAGACACUGUCCCACACAGUAUUCCUCUUUCUGCAUGCACAGCAGCCUGUUGUGCAAGCCACCCAUCUACACCAUGUUACUAAGGACAUUGAACAGUCCAGUGGAAUGCUAGUGGUGUGAUAUGACUUUAGAUGUGUACACUAGUAAAUAUGUAUGUAUAUGUUGGUGAAUUUAAUAUCUCUCUGAAUCUGCUAGUCAGCAGUUUACCUUGCCCAGCAUUGUUCAGUUCCCUCUACCGCUGUAAAUAGUCCUUAUUUGAAGGAUUUACAUUCUCACUGGUGGUAGUGGUGGGUUAUUCCAGUGGUUCCCACUUGAAGGUGUAUGUGCAAUAUUUGAAAGUAGAGGAGUGUGUGUUGUGAGAAUAUGAUCAGCUGUCCCGGCCUGGCUGUCCACGCCGCCUGCUACUGAGAAUCUAAACUUUGUGUAUUCCAGUCUAUAGUAUUUGAAAUGUGAAGUGGUUGCGUGUAUUUAUAUAUAAACUGUGUUAACUAGUUGACAAGCCAUUGUGCUGCGUUGUGGACUGGUCAUAGUGCAGUGGUUAUCGAGGUCAACUUUGUGAUAUUUUAUUCCGUGCUAAUGUCGUGUAACUCGCAUCGUUUGAUCAGUUUGAAAUAUGCAGGCUUCACCUGUGCCUUGACGCAGUAGGAAACAUCUCUCGUAGAUACGCACUGUUUGUCAUCUCUGCACUCUUCUUGGGGACUCUGGCCAAAAACCUUUGGAUAUUGCAGGCUGGUCACAGAUGUAUUCUUUAUUUUACCAUUUUCCAGAAAGUGUUUGGACCAACAUUUACAAUAAUCACCCAGUCUUUCAUAAGUGUUUGAUGUUUAUUAGAAAAACAACGAGAUCAGUUGAUGGGUCUCGCCACUGAGCUAAUAUUAAAUGUGAGCAUGAUGGUUUCUGUGGAGGGGACAACUAUUAGGAGAGCCCGGUUACAUCACUGUCUGGUCUGUCAUAGCAUAUAACCAACAAGCCAUAUGGCAAGUAGAUAACAUGGUUAGCAACUUUGUCAAUGUUAAAGUGUUAUGUAAAAAUAUUGUAACAAAUACACAUUAAACAUGUAAAACAGCUGUUUCAAAAAUAUUACAUGUGUGCUGAAAAUGUGUCUAUUUUUGAAGGAUUUUAUUCCAAAAGAAAAUGUCCAAAAGAAAGUUUUCGAAACAAGCAGUUUGUGAAAUGUUUUCAGUGUAUAUUCUGUUUUUAUCAACCCAAAGUUAAGCACUGAUUCUCUGUUCUAACUGAUAUUUGGUAUGUAGUGUUUCUUUUAGUUGUAUCUUGCAGGUUGUUAAUACAGGACAGUACAUACCACUUUCAGCAGAUAUGUUUCAGUUGGAUUUAUGUAGAGAAUUGAAUAUGGUUGCUGUUCAUGAUAUUGUUUAUUUUUAGCAUUAAAUUGUAUAAAUAUAUUAGGAUCAGAAACUUUUACAUCCAUAUUUAUGCUGAUUGUAAGUAAUGAUAGAUUUGCAGUUGAAUUCUAUAGCUGCAAGGUUUUACCUUUCUGGUUUAACUGGCAUCUGUUGCUGGUAGAUUAUUGAAAUGUAUUCUGACUUCAGUAACACUUAACCUGGUGCUAGAUUACACAGCGUUUUGCCAUUUCAAGUAAUCUACAAUUCUUACUCUUACUAGUUUUGGAAGAUCAACUAGAAUUGUCUAUAUAUUUAAGCCAAAUGUACAGAAAUUAUAAUCAGCUUCAAUUUGUAGUAGAAAUGGCAAUUGAUUUCUUAUGUCUAUAGGUAUUUGUUUUACUUUCUUUUUGUAAAUUAUUAUAAUUUGUUAAUCAAAACCACUAAACAUUUAAGCCAAAAUAAAUGUCAGUGAAAACCAAAAACCAAAUAACAGUUCCAAAAAUGGUUCAUGUAAGAAAUUGUCAUGAAAGGUCAACAUAUUCUUGCUCAGUUGAAAGAAAACAAUCAAAACACUGUCAGGGAGUCUUGUUUCUAUAGAAGCAGUGUGCACGUAAAGCUAUGACGGGAAGUCUGGGUAUGAAGUAGUCCCUCCACAGAGAACGUACAUCAUGUCCAUGACAACACAGAUGGAUAAAUUAUGAUAAUGAGACGGCAGGUGAAGGUCACCUUGUACUGAAGUGUGACACCUGAGUAUUUCAUCUUUGUGUGUCAGUGUGACACUGAGUAUUUCAGUUUGGUACAGGAGAGUUAUCUGUAUGUGGGCUGUCUAUCUAGCCUGGGUCUUAGUGCUGUUUUGUUUUCAACGCCAGUAAAUGAAUACUGAUUGGCUCUUGUGCUGUUCUCUCCCCAACGUCCUGUAAACUAUGGCCAUGUUUUGUGAUGUAACCUGUAACACUGAUUAAUAUAUUAUAGAGUACUUACACAAAGAAGAAUUGCACAGUAUCCUACUAGCCAUAUUUACUGAUUAUCUAGCAGUGUAUUCAGAGUUAACUCUACCAUACCAUAUUGUUUGUCUAUGUACACCCUUAUUCCAGCAGGCUGUAACUGUUACAUUGUUUGCUGUCAAACCUCUGAUCUGUAAAUUAAAUUAUAGUCAUACUUGUAUCAGUAAGCAUUGUGCUGAAAACACACUUAUUAUGCUCAGUAAAGAAACAUCUUGUUAAGUCUUAUGAUACAAGCAAUUUAAGUCGGGCUUCUUUCACAUUUCGAUUUAAUUGAACUAUACUUCAGGAGUUUCGCAGCAAAGAAGCCAAGAUCUGGAUAAGGGGCUAGUUGGUGUUCAGUGAUGUCUAGGUGACUCUGUAAUAGGAGGUCACUUUGCAUGAUGUUUUAAAUACACUGUGAUGUCCCAUUUUAUUCAUGUAUUUUAUGAAAACACAUUUUGUGUGUGCAUUAAUGCGAAGCAUUAUUGUUAUAAAAUAUUGAGCAUGUUUUGAAAUCUAAUACUUUUGUAAACAUUUUAUGUAAACAGCUUAUGGGUUAUUUCCAAGAAAUGCUUAACAAUAAGUACUUGGAACUUUGCUAGUGUGUAUUUCUGAACCUUUUUUUUCUGAAUUGUUUUUUGAUUUUUAGUUUCUGAUUUAGAAAUAUAAACGUGCUCAAAUGCAGGUUAUGUACAUUUUGUGAAAACUUUAUUUAUUGGAAGUACACUUCAUAUAGGUGAUUACCUUUAAACAUGUUUGCUUGGUUUGAAGGUUUUACUGCAAUAAAUGUUAUCUUCA